AUGGACUGCUUAAAUGCUCUUAAAAAUAUAGCCAUUGAUAUCGCCAGCUGUAGUCAGGUUUUACUUGCCACUGCAUUAGUAAACACCGAGUCGGAAGCUGGGGGAAAUCACGUGCUCAGAGCUUUAUUAGAUCAAGGGUCACAAGCCUGUUUUAUAACAGAGGCCGCAGUCCAGUUACUACGUCUAAAGAAGACUCCUGCUAGUGGCAUAAUUACUGGUCUUGGUGGAGACAAAGCUCUAACAUCGAAAUAUGUUGUUACGGUUAAACUAAGAUCGAGGGGAAAUCUGGACAGAAAAAUACAGGUCACAGCUUAUGUGCUAAAGAACAUCACAACGUUCCUACCAGAACGUCAAGUUCAGGGCUUAGACUGGACAGAAUUAAAAUAUUUACAACUCGCAGAUCCCUAUUUUGAAACUCCCAAGGCCAUUGAUAUGCUAUUAGGUGCUAACGUCUACAGCCAAAUAGUGCAAGAGGGCAUAAAGAAGAGCCAAAAUGGGAAGCUCAUUGCACAAAAAACAACGUUAGGUUGGAUUUUGUCUGGCUCAGUCAAUGAACCUUUUAACAGAAACGACGGGGACCCACCGAAAAUAUCGGUCAUGCAUGCUAAGGUUACCGAAACAGAUAUUUUAAAACAGUUUUGGGAAUUAGAAGAAGAGAGAUAUAGUACGAAGAGUAUGUGGACAGAAGAGGAGAAAAGAUGCGAAGAAAUCUUCGUCACUACAACAAAAAGGACAGAUGAAGGUCGCUACAUCGUAAAAUUGCCAUUUCGAGAUAGUCAGCCUGGUUGUUUAGGUGGUGAUUCGCGACAAAUAGCUGUAACAAAAUUCAAAACAUUAGAAAAAAGGCUAUCAAAGAAUUCAGAACUGAAAGAAAAGUACACCGAAGUAAUUAACGAAUAUUUACACUUAGGACACAUGAGAGCUAUAACAAAGGAUGAUAUGAAAAAGAAUGAAGCUGUCUACUUACCACACCACGCAGUGAUAAGAAACGACAAGACAACCUCAAAGGUGCGCGUAGUCUUCAAUGCAUCAAGCAAAAAUAACUUAGGAGUCUCGCUCAAUGACAAUCUAAUGAUAGGACCUAAACUGCAGUCAGAUUUACGGCAUACUGUAAUAAGAUGGAGAGUUCAUCCGAUCGCGUUGGUAGCUGACAUUAUCAAAAUGUAUCGGCAGGUCAGAAUUGCUGAAGAGGACACCAUGUUUCAACGCAUAGUUUGGCGCGACAGCCCUGAAACAGAAAUACAAGAUUAUGAAUUAUUAACAGUGACGUUUGGAACUGCAUCCGCUCCGUACUUGGCUGUCAGAGCAUUGAACCAAGUAAGCCUAGAUGAAGAACAAGCAAAAACAGAGAACAAAAAAAAAAAAAAACUGGACAACGAGGACAAAAUGAUAGAGGACAUGGAAAAUAUCAAGGACAAAAAGGAUAUAGAAAUUAAAACAGAAAAUACAACCAAAGUGUUAGGACUUACCUGGGACCGAAGUGAAGACCAGUUUAGGUACUCGGUGAAUCUCCCGCAUACAACGCCUGGACCUGAAACAAAGAGAUCAGUAUUAUCAGUGAUAGCGCGUCUGUACGAUCCGCUAGGUUGGAUAGCACCUAGCAUAAUAGUAGCAAAAAUGUUCAUUCAAAAAUUAUGGUUAGCAGGUGUAAACUGGGAUGAACCAAUUUCAGAAGAAUUAAGAAGCGAAUGGGUUACUUACCGCAAUGAACUGGAACAACUCACCAAAGUACAAGUCCCACGAUGGCUAGGCAUUUCAACAACGGACAGUGAAAUUGAAUUACACGGGUUCUGCGAUGCAUCCAAACUGGCCUAUGCAGUCGUUGUCUAUUUGAGAAUCGUUGACAGUGCGGGAAACAGACAAGUUUCUUUACUAGCAGCAAAAACAAGAGUAUCACCAAUUAAGCAGGUCAGUAUUCCUCGUCUCGAACUCUGUGGAGCAGCACUCUUAUCGAGACUUUUAGCAGAAGUGGCCGAUGUUUUGAGCAUCUCAAAGAACAACAUCAGAGCUUGGACGGACUCGACGGUUGUUCUUUCUUGGUUAAAUAGCCAUCCAAGUCGUUGGAAGACUUUUGUAGCCAACAGGGUUGCAGAGAUCCUAACGACUAUGGAUUCUGCCCAGUGGUAUCAUGUCUCAUCCAAGGAGAACCCUGCAGACUGUGAAUCGCGAGGUCUCCAACCGGGAUUGCUUGCAGAGAAUGAGCUUUGGUUCUCCGGUCCACAAUUUCUUAGAGAGCAAACCAUAAAAUAUAAAAAGCCAACAAAUGUGAAAGUUCAUUUAGAGGAAGCAAUUAGUGCUGCUAAAGAGCUGCAGCAACUCAACCAGAUUCAAAGGGAUGUGGCUGAAUAUUUAGCAACCAAUGGCGCCGAAUGGCACUUUAUUCCACCUCACGCCCCUAAUUUCGGUGGUCUUUGGGAGGCUGGUGUAAAGGCCACCAAAUUCCAUUUGAAGCGAGCAAUCGGCGAGUCAACUCUAACCUUCGAAGAAAUGUGCACACUACUCAGUCAGAUAGAAGCAUGCCUAAACUCGCGACCUAUAUCAAUCGAUAGUUCAGAUCCGAGUGAUCCACGGCCGUUGACUCCAGGUCAUUUUCUUAUUGGAGGGCCGUUAAUAGCUAUACCGGAGGUCAAGGACUAUUUGACUUCCAAUGUAAGUUCACUAACAAGGUGGCAAUUUAUUCAAAGAAUGUUGCAAAGCUUUUGGCAACGCUGGUCACAGGAGUAUUUAUCUCAUUUGAUGAACCGAUACAAAUGGAGCUCCCGAGUCCCGGAGCCAAACUUAGGAGAUAUUGUUCUAAUCAAGGAGGAUAAUCUGCCACCAAGUCGUUGGUUGAUGGGUCGAGUAUUGGAGAAGCAUCCGGGUACUGAUAAUGUUACCCGCGUGGUCACCAUCAAAGUAAAAAAUUCUACCAUUAAGAGACCCACGUCCAAAUUAUGUAUUUUACCCGUUAGUGAAUAA